CCGAGCCAAAGCAAAGCAAACGAAAAAUCGAUCGAGGCUUCAAAUUUGCCAAAGAUUAUCGGCAGCAGCAGUCAGUCGGUGUACGAAUCAAAACCAAACCUAAAGAAAGAGGUUCGAAAAGUACCACACGGAGUACUACUACUGUCGGAACAUGGCUUCCUCAAAGUCAUCAUCGAUCCUCAUCGUCGGCGCCGGGACGUGGGGUUGCAGCACGGCCUUGCACUUGACACGUCGAGGGUACACCAACGUCACGCUGGUCGAUCCGUACCCGGUGCCUUCGCCCAUCUCGGCGGGCAACGACGUGAACAAGAUCGUCGAGCAGGGACAGUUCUCCGAGGGGGACGGCGAGGCGUGGGUGUCCAAGACACUGCUCACCGCGGCCAAUGAGGGAUGGAACUUGGACCCGGUGUUCAAGCCCUACUAUCAUGACACCGGGUACAUUGUGGCGGCGAGCUCCAAGGACGGACUGAAGGUGCUCUACGAUCGCGAGCGGCCGGAUAUCAACAAGGAGUUUGUCACGCUCGAGGAUGCAGAGGCGUUCCGCAAAACGAUGCCCAAGGGAGUUUUGACCGGCGAUUUCCCGCAGUGGAAAGGUCUUUACAAGAGCACGGGUGCGGGAUGGGUGCAUGCGCGCAAGGCGCUGGUGUCGUGCGCGAAUGAGGCGAAGAGGCUGGGCGCGAAGUUUGUCGUGGCGGACGUGACGGAGUUGCUGCUUGAAGGUGACGAUGUCAAGGGCGUGAGGAUCAAGGACGGACGAGAAAUGCGCGCGGACACGACGAUCCUGUGCGCCGGGGCGAAUAGUGAUCAGUUGCUCGAUUUCAGGGGUCAGUUGAGGCCGACGGCGUGGACGCUCGCGCAUAUUCAGAUGACUCCGGAAGAAACGCGACUGUUCAAGAACCUGCCCGUGCUAUUCCACAUUGAGAAGGGAUUCUUCAUGGAGCCGGACGAGGAUAAGAAUCAGCUGAAGAUGUGUGAUGAGCAUCCCGGAUAUUGUAAUUGGUUGAAAAGGCCUGAUGGGAGCAGAGUCAGUGUACCGUUGGCGGUCAACCAGAUCCCCGCCGAUGCGGAGAGACGGUGUCGCGAGUUCCUGAGGGAAACGAUGCCGCAGUUGGCGGACAGGCCAUUUUGUUUUGCGAGGUUGUGUUGGUGUGCGGAUACGCCGAAUCGGUCGUUCCUGAUCGAUCGGCAUCCCGAGUAUAGGAGUUUGAUCCUGGGGUGUGGCGCGUCGGGACACGGGUUCAUGCAUAUUCCGAGCGUGGGAGGGUUUGUGGUGGAUGCGAUGGAGGGGAAACUGGACACGAGGUUGAAGGAGAGCUUCAGAUGGAGGCCGGAGACGGCAGUGGAUAGGGAUUGGGAAAAUACUCAGGCUCGGUUUGGGGGACCGAAUGCCAUUAUGGAUUUGCAGACGGUCAAGGAGUGGACGAGUAUCCCGCCGGAGCAGACGUUGGCGAGGUUGUAG